AUGCUUGCAACAAGUAAAAUAUCGCAACGACUGGGCGAGGCCGACGAGCGAGCUGUCAUUCUUGGGAUUCUUGCAGAUGCAAAGCAGGUUUCCUCCUGUGUUGAUAUCUGCUUCACAACUGCCAAUCCUCUGCACGCAAUUCCGGUACUGGUAUCUGCAUUGUCAUCUCCUGAUGUUGUUGAUCGCAUCAUUUACUGGCUGACAUUGUCAAUGCGGGAACAUCUUGACGAUACCCUGAAGGAUAGCAUAAAAACAGGAAUAGACGAUUUCCUUUAUAACACCUAUUCCGAAUUUGUCACAUCCAUUGUGUUUCUUCGAGAAAAAUUACUUAAUGCAACAAACAGGAACAAAGGACAGUUUAAGACACCUGAAAGUCUUCGUAUCAUUGAGGGCUCGCUAUGUUCUGCUCUGACGAGUUCUCUGCAACACGUGUACGAUUCAGUCGUGGCUGAGAAGGAUGUGGAUCUGCGUGUAUUAGCCCUGCUAAUCGCAAAAAGUCGCACUAUCGUUGUGAUGGAAUCAACUCUUCUGCGGUAUGUCGUAAAGUGGUUGUGCUCCCGUGAAGAGUCUGCAAUCUGGGAUCGAAUCGCUCAACGUAUUUUCACCGAUGACUCCAUUCCUACCCGAGAUGCGGAGGCUCUUGUUAUAGAAGCCGCGUUGUCUGCAUCAAAAACUGAAGACCUCAUGGCAGCGAUUUCGAUUUGGUCUGAUGUGUCGCAUGUACGUUACGUAGCAGUUGAACAACAAAUGCAUCUUACAAGGGUGAUACUUGCACUCGGCCGGUGGAUUAACGGAAUGAGUGCAUCGCAUGUUUGGAAAGAAUUGUUUGACAUAGCCAUCAAAGGAGUAGAGCUACGUCUGGGGAAUCCAGACGUCGUAAUUCGGCAAUCGGGAAUGUUCGUUGGUGAAGCGUUCUCUGGAUGGAUGGGUGGAGAGCGGCUAGAGUUUGAAUAUACGGAAGAUCCAUGGCUAGAGGAAAUGCGUAGACUUCGCGAUGGUGCUACCAAGCCUUCUGAAGAAACAAUUAGCGAGGAAGUAUCACCUUCACCGGAAUGUGCCGACGUACAGCUUCCUUCGUCGUCCAGUGCUGUCACGGAAACGCAAGCAGUUGACAGUGACGAUGAGGAAGACUUCCCUGCUUAUGAAGUGCCAGAAAGUGAAAAACAAUUUGAAGUUCUAUCUGAAGGUGCUGAGCCUGAAAGAAAAGCUCCCACACCAUAUUAUAUACGGGACUGUUAUGAACAAUUGAGUGAAAAGGAGAAGUAUGAGGUAUUUGAAGCGGCAUUUUUCGCUUUGAAUGGAAUGAUCAGAAGGAAAGCGAUUGGAUUCAAUGAUAUUGCUCAAAAUUUAGCGAAAAAGUUGGUUUUCUUGGAGGAUAAGUUCUCAACGAAGAAUUUCGAGAGAUCUCGUAAUGAAGAUGCUGUUAAGGAUAUCCGAAAACAAUGUCUUAUAUCAUGCUUAGUGAUGCGCCCCGAAAUCGCUCCGAAGCUGGGUGAUAUGGUGUUUUCUCGAAGUUGCGCCUUUUUCCAUCGAUAUUUGAUUCUGGAGUGCUUCGUUGCCGCUGCGAAGGAACUAUCCGAAUUUCCUAAUGAACCGGCCACCAAAAAGGUCGUCGAGUUGCCGAAGAAAAAUAAGGAGCAAGACCCCAAUGAUUGGAGAGCAGUGGUGGAAGCACGGAUACGCUCUCACACACGGCGGUUUACAAGCGAAAAGAAGCCGGAGGUCGUAGCUCCAAGUCGAUUUGCUCCAGUAGCGACCCUGUUCUUCUACCCUCUUCUGAGGACUCAAACAGAAGAACAUUUGGAAUUGAAGGGCCGAGACUCACCAUUCUUAGCACGAUUAAUAUUCACUGUGAGUGAUAUCCUUCAGAAGGCAACGAAUGCUCCGACUGUGGUGAAAAUGGCGAUCUCAUUGGCAGAUAUCGUUGCUCCUCUGAAGUUCCAUCCAGAUGCAUUCAUUCGGUCUUCAGUUCUCUUUGCGUACUUCUCUAUAGCAGUUGCAGUUCCAGACGGGGUUUUCUACGAGCUUUUCGAAGAACAAGUCCGUGGUUGGAUUGAGUGGACAACAAUGUGUGCAGAUGAUGUCGACGCAUCGGAGCAGCAACGAAAUCUAGCACGAGCCGUCAUGACUAUUCUCCUACAAAAGCUUAACGCAACGAAUACUAUAGAGGAAUCACACAGUUGA